AUGUCAAGCCACAUCACACGGACGGCAAGUUGGCUACCCCCAGCAGAGAGCUGGCCCAUCAGAGACAGGGGUGGUCAGGAAGAGGACGCCGAGCUGCCUUACGGGUGGGAGCAGGCGCUUGAUAACCGAGGGAAGCCAUACUACAUCAACCAUGUCAACAAGACCACGACGUACGUGGCGCCCGAGGGAUGCUCUUGCGAGUCGCCGCCGGCGCCCCGCGACGUGGAGCUCGAGAGGGACCCCGACCUUGGCUUCGGCUUCGUGGCCGGUUCCGAGAAACCGGUGCUCGUCAGGUUCGUCACGGACAACUCGCCCAGCGUUGGGAAGUUGGAGCCUGGCGAUCAAAUACUCUGCGUGAACGGAGAGGACGUUAGCUUGGCAGCGAGAGAGCACGUGAUAUCGGCCGUGAGGGCGUGCGCCGACAGGGUCACCUUAAGGGUCUGCCAGCCAGCGAGGACGGGCAACCCUGCCAGGAGGUCAGCACUGCUGUCCGCCGCCAAGCGGGCAAGGCUACGCGCCAAACCGCCGAGGGUCAGAUUCGCUGACUCCGUUCAACUAAAUGGGGCGCCCAUGUAUCCACCGUCGGCCUUCUCCCUGGGCGACCUCUGCCUACCCCCGAUGGCGAACGUGCUGAAGGUGUUCCUGGAGAACGGGCAGACCAAGUCGUUUAAGUACGACGCCACCACCACCGUGGCAGACGUGGUGGGCAGCCUCAGGGACAAGCUGUGCAUCACGGCGGACGAGCACUUCAGCCUGGUGGUGGAGCACGUCAAGGGCCUGCGCAGGAACAAGCUCACCCUGCUCGACCCGAAGGAGUCGUUAGCGAGGAUCGCGGCGAAGCCGGGCUCGCACAAGAUGCGCUGUCUGUACCGCGUGGCGUUCGUGCCGAGCUCGGCGGGCGAGCUGGCGCAGCGGGACCUAGCCGCGCUGGACUACCUCUACCUGCAGUGCUGCAACGACGUGGCGCAGGAGCGCUUCUCGCCGGAGCUGCAGCCGGAGGUGGCGCUGCGGCUGGCCGCGCUGCACAUCCACCAGCACGCGCUGGCCAACAACAUGCCGCCGGCGAAGCUCACCGUGAAGGCGGUCGAGCGCGAGUUCGGCUUGGAGCGCUUCGUGCCCAGCGGCCUGCUGGAGAGCAUGAAGCGGAAGGUGCUGCGACGGAUCCUUGCUCACUCCCUCAAGCUCAACACGCACAUGACGGGCGGACAACGGCAGCUAACACAACUGCAGGCGAAACUCCACUACCUGGAUAUAGUAGCGAGCCUUCCGAGCUACGGCGCGAAAUGCUUCAGCUGCAACCGGCCAGAACGGGUGCUGCUGGUCUCGCCGCGCUUCGGGCUAAGCCAAAUAGUCGGCAGGAAUAACUCCGUGCGACCUACUUCGCCCACAUCGUGGUCCUUCGGCCGAAUCAUCACGUCGUCGACAAGCAAACCGGUAACAGAAAUGUUUCAUACGCCUAUUACGCCACGCAAGAAGAAGCGAACACGUGGCGACGUUACGAGGUCGGAGUGUAAGAGGAACGACCAGGAUGUUUUUCCUUCAUGUAGUUUGAAGGAUGACGAGCCUGACAUGACUGUAAAAGAUCCAAGCGCUUGUAGCAUAAGCAAAAAGUCUCUGAAAACCUCAGGUACGUCAUCAACCGCACGUAAACGGCAGUUGGAGUUGGAGGCUGCUAAAGCUAAAGCUGUCGUUGAAAUGGAGCUAGCAGAAGCUGAAGCUCAAGCAGAAGCAGAAGCCAAGAUUAAAGCUGCGAAAAUUAAGGCUAAUAUUAAGUCCGAGCUGCUCAACAAAAAGCUAGCAGUCGAGAUGGCAGAAUUAGAGUCUACAUCACGCCGUUCCAGUAAGUCUGCCUCUCAAUCUACUAACAGCAAAGUAGAAGACUGGCUCGAUAAUACACGCGACGCGUCUUCGUGCGCUUACGCAUCUGUUGCCUACUGGCGUAAACAACACGGUGACAAGGUACAAGUAUCUUUUAUAGCGAGUAAAAAUCGUGUCGCGCCGCUUAAACCGAUAACCGUCCCUAAACUGGAGCUUCAAGGUAUUGUUGAAAAGGUUUACCCAGGCUCGGACGGCAGGGUUAGAGUAGUAGAUGUUAGAACUAGGUCAGGAGUGAUAAAGCGAUCAGCUGCACACGUGGCCUUACUCCGCGUUAUUGAUUCGUGUCGACAAACCGACACUGGGGGGGAGGAUGUUGAUGACGGCCACGCUGCUUCACCUGAAAUA